CAGUACUGUAGUAGCGUUAGAUGACAGGCAACCCGAGUCCCCUGGAGCAACUGAACGCCGCCUGCCGCGGCUUCCGCGAUACCCUCCCGCGACUCAUUCGCAGCAUGGAUGACAACGGCACGACGACGAGCAAGGACGUGGUCAAGGCGUUGUGUUUGCUCAAAGACGUCAAGCAGUCGACGAGGGAGACGUUCUUGGACGCUGAAGUGUACCGCCGCCGUGUCGCCGAGCAAAAGGACCUUGUCGAAGCGCAUCAUUUGAAGCUCCAGAACUUGUUGUACGAAAAGGACAACUUGCUGCGCGAGAUCAAGCGAUGCCGUGGGUUUCCCACCAAGGAACUGGAUAAGAUCGAAUUCAAGGACGGAGUGCUGCCGGUGCUCGUCGACGACGACCGCCACAAGCGCCACCUCCAGCGCCUCGACGACGAACUCUCCGAUCGAAAAGCACUAUUGCAGCACCAGCAACACCUCAAGACCCAGAUCAGUUCCGUGGAGGACGCGACUCAAAGCAAACAUGCGCUGCUGGACGCUUUGCCCGCGCAUCUUGCCGCUAUCGAAGAGGCCUCCCGACCAUUGCAAGCUCUGCUUUCGGUCCCCAUAUCGGACUCCCGCGACCGCCAUCAAGCAGCGAAAGCGCUGCCGACGCCGCUUUACUUGUUGUUUUGCGAACUGGACGCGUACCUGUCGAUCCAUGCUGGCAGCGGCGCCGUCGGGAUCGCCGACUCCAAGGCCGGCCCGCUGUCCAAGCUCAAGCUCAAGUCUACCCGUGGCAAAGAAGGACCUGACGCCGCCACUCCCGACGACGCCGACAGCGCGACCCCCCCGCCCCCGAAACGGCCUAAGACAUCGACCACCGAUCACGAUGCAUUCAUUCCAUCGCCCCAGUCGGUCGUUCUCCAACUGGGUCUGCCAGACAAGCCGACUUCGACGACCAAGGUCGUGUUCCAGUACCUCCCGCGGCUUGGCGUCGUCGUAGUGGACUCGCCGCGGUUCCCAACGCUCUUGCGCCGCUUGUUUGCCACCGACAGUGGCCUCCAGACUCCCCCCGGUGUUUCGUACGCGUUUAAAACGGCUGACGGGGCGGAAGUGCCGAUGGAAUUCCCGGCAGACGUCAAAGCGCGGCCGUAUGUGUGGGCCCAGUGGAUAUCAGGACUCACGUCGGUCGGCCAUCGCCUUGAGCCGUCGGUCCGCCACGUCAUGGCUCGGCUGCGCCAGCGAUAUGCCGCGCAGCAUGCCCUGUAUGUGCACUUGGAUGCUCUCAAGGACAAGCGCGUGCAAGUGCAUCCGUCGAUCGCCCACGUGUCCGUCCAGACCAAGUUGACGUCAUUCGCCAAACUCAGCAAGCGCGACGAUGUGACGAUGGCGGUAUUUCCAGAGCCUGCGGACGGCGCCACGUACUUCCGAGCAGCGUUCGCCCCUCCUGGAGAUCUGGGCCGUGUGGUGGCGCUGGUGCAAAUUUCUCCCGAUUACCCCACCGUUCGCCCCCGCUUUGUCUUGCAACACGACUUGGGCUCGACCGUCGUACCUACUACCAACCAGCUCAAGGACAUGGCUGCGGAAGUGAACGAGUUUGCAUCCGACUUGAUCCCAGUAGGCGAUUGUGCUUCUUACGACGUGCUGAUCCACCAAGUGCGAACGCUCCAGUUGUGCUUGGACGAAGUGCAUGCAGCGUCAAAGCCGACCGAGCACGUCGUUGGAGCCCGCCGACGCAGCACCCUCUCGGUAGCCAAAUCCACGGACGAAUAAGUCUGACUUGGGCAAUAUAAAUAGUAGUACUAGUAGUACACAUUAACCCUAUCAACAAACAACACUCUCUCAACGCA